AUGGUUUACAAAUGUUGUGUGCCAAGGUGUCGUGGGAAUUACGGAACUGGACCGAAAGUAAUAUUUUCCUUUCCGAAAGAUGCGAAUCUGCGUUGGAAAUGGCUUUCAGCGAUUCAUCGGGACAAUUUUCAACCCACUGAGCACACGAAGGUUUGUGAACUUCACUUCACCGAAUCUGACAUCUGCCGGCAUACGGGAUGUUAUGAUGAAGUGAAAGGCACAAAGCUUACUGUCAAGCUUUCAAGACCAAGGCUUAGAGAGGGUGCUAUCCCAUCAGUGUUACCAGGCUGCCCAAGCUAUUUGUCUACUCCAUCCACCAGCUCUUGAGAAAGUGCAGAGGAAAGGAGAGCUAGAUUGGACAAUGAACGUCUUCUACAAGCAAUUAAAGACAGUAUAGUAACCAAAACAGAGUAUGAUUCGAGGAAGUUAUUUUCUACUUUUGAAGCAUUUCUGCAGUGCCUAGAAAGAGAAACCAUUCCCAGUGAAUGGACCAUUGUUAGGAGAAGUGACUGUGUCCUAUUUCUAUUGCUUACUGUAUUGCCUGCUCCAUCUGUGUCUGUAUCUGUUG